GUCAGCAUAAGGGAGGUGUAACAGUGUGACGUACCCGCCCGUAGCCUCCACACCGCGGCGUAUUCAACGCUGCAGCUCGCGGUGGACUCUCCAGCGUGUGCGCGUGUGUUGCUGCCAACCCUCAUCACAACAGCGUUGAUAUCUACCACUGCGAGGCUGGCAUAAGGAUGGCAUCAAUGGCAGCGGCGCACGAGCCAGGUAUCCGCCCAGGCUCCAUACCGCUGGCCGACGCCUUAGUCCCCGCAAGUAUAUUCGCUCCGGACCGGGGAGGAUGCGGGGACGACGCCGAGGACGAGUGCUUCGAGGACAGAGACAUGUUCAACGGCGAGCUCGAGGACUGCGGGGUCGACUUCACCAAUAAGCUGGCACUUGUUAGUCCAAAUGGAGAGCAGUAUGACUCGUUACUUCGCCAGCUGCGGGACAGAAUGGAAGAGGGAUGUGGAGAGACCAUCUACGUGGUCGGGACGGGCUCAGAUGGUUGCGACUGGGGUCUGGAGGAGAAGGACAUGGAGGCCUCAGCAGCCACAGUGCGCUCCAUGUGUGAGCAAGUGGAUGCCGACCUCAUUUCUCUCCGAGAGCGGACUGAGGCUGCAGGUUUGGUUCGCGACUAUCUGAUCCGACGGCGUGUGGGUGAGCUGGACUUCCUGGAGGUCAGGGUUGCAGUCGUGGGUAACGUGGAUGCUGGUAAGAGCACUCUGCUGGGAGUGUUGACGCACGGAGAGCUGGACAACGGGAGGGGUUUUGCCCGGCAAAAGCUCUUCAGACACAAACACGAGAUGGAGAGUGGCAGGACCAGCAGUGUGGGCAACGAUAUCCUGGGCUUUGACCAGCAGGGACAGGUGGUAAACAAACCAGAUAGUCACGGAGGAAGCCUGGACUGGAGCAAAAUCUGUGAGAAGUCCUCCAAGGUCAUUACCUUCAUCGACCUGGCCGGCCAUGAGAAAUACCUCAAGACCACUGUGUUUGGGAUGACCGGACACCUGCCUGACUUCUGCAUGCUCAUGGUGGGCAGUAACGCAGGUAUCGUAGGGAUGACCAAAGAGCACCUGGGCCUGGCCUUAGCCCUGAAUGUGCCCGUGUUUGUCGUGGUGACAAAGAUAGACAUGUGUCCAGCCAACAUCCUGCAAGAGACAUUGAAGCUGCUCCAGAGGUUACUGAAGUCCCCCGGCUGUAGGAAGAUACCCGUGCUGGUGCAGAACAAGGACGACGUCAUAGUCACGGCUUCAAACUUCAGUUCGGAGAGGAUGUGUCCCAUCUUCCAGAUCUCCAAUGUGUCUGGCGAGAACAUGGAGCUGCUCAAGAUGUUUCUCAACCUGCUCUCCUCCAGGACGUCCUACCACGACGACCAGCCCGCUGAGUUUCAGAUCGACGACACCUACUCUGUACCGGGAGUGGGAACAGUCGUAUCAGGAACCACCUUACAGGGACUCAUACGUCUGAACGACACGAUGCUACUCGGGCCCGACCCGUUGGGCAGCUUCAUCCCCAUUGCCGUCAAAUCCAUCCACCGCAAGAGAAUGCCUGUGAAGGAGGUCAGAGGGGGCCAGACCGCCUCCUUUUCCCUCAAAAAGAUCAAGCGUUCGUCCAUAAGAAAGGGCAUGGUGAUGGUUUCCCCGAGGCUGUGCCCGCAGGCUACUUGGGAGUUUGAGGCCGAGAUCCUGGUACUGCAUCACCCGACUACGAUAUCCCCCCGAUACCAGGCCAUGGUCCACUGCGGCAGCAUCAGGCAGACCGCCACCAUCUUGUCUAUGAACAGAGACUGCUUACGGACUGGGGACAAGGCGUCGGUCCACUUCCGCUUCAUCAAAACCCCGGAGUACCUGCACUGCGACCAGAGGCUGGUGUUCAGGGAGGGCCGCACCAAGGCGGUGGGCACCAUCACCAAGCUGUUGCAAUCCACCAAUAAUUUACCAUCCAAUUUUAAACCUCCACAAAUCAAAAUGCAGUCUACAAAGAGGGCGCCGCCGCGAAAAUACGACGGCACCACGGCAACCGACGACGAAGUAGCAACGACGGCGCCGUCGGCAACACAACCGGGCGAGGGAGACGAGGAGCCUCAGAUAAAAGAGGGCAACAAAGAGAACAAGCCAAAGACUGGAGGAGGGAGGAGGAGGGGCGGCCAGAGGCACAAAGGGAAAGGUCAGAACAUCAGCACCAUCUCCACUCCGGCCCCCUCAGGAAUCGGAGGUUCCUAAAGGGCCCUCUUGUCCCUCCCUCUCCGCCAUCACUCCACCGAGUGUCUUCAUUCCACAAACCCUGGAGGAUAGAGAUGUUUGGAGCGAGACACUCCUUCGUCUGACCACUCCUCGCCUCGUCAUCGUCCGGCAUUUUAUUUAUGGAAUUAAUUUUUUUAUUUUUAAAGGGAACACAAGGAUGUACGUCCCAAACCAAAAUACACCUGUAAUGCAUUUUAACGUCGGCUGCCUUUUACUAUUUUUGAAUGAUGGAAAGCAGUGUGGUCCGAGGUGGGCCUCAUUAAGGAGGAUUUAUUCAAUUGUAUGCAUAUUUAAUGAGUAUGAAAUCUACUCAUUCCUCUGGCUCAGUGGAAGGAAAGGAGGCGAAACCCAAAACCAGGAUCCAGUACCACUGAGCAGCUCUACUGAAGCUCCCCGGUGCAUUUAGUGUACUUUUACAUGUCCUAUUAAUGCUCCAGAUGUAAAUUAGAUGUUAGUUGUGCUCCGAUUGGAAAGAUUCCAUUGUACAAAAUGUAUGCAAAUAAUGAAUGUAGCAGAAGGCACAUUGUGAUUUUGAAUUCUAAAUGUAUAUUUAGAAAAUAUUAGAGAUUGCAUUUUAUAAUUGUCAGUUAUUUAUUUGGCAUACAUACAGAAUGUUCACUCGUCAACCUGCGCUCACUUGCACUCUUUAGAUUCAGCAGUAUCCAUCAUGCUUCCACGUUACAGUGUAUACAGUUAUUACACACAAAUACAGCACAUAAUCUGGUCACAAUAGUUGCUCAUGAUUAUAAGACAUGCAGUGCUACUUGUAACUCUAGUACCCCAUGCGUUAUGGCCCGUUGCUGUUAACGUGACAUUUCAAAAACAACUGACCACUAAUAAACGGGCUUUACUUAACUUUAUAAACUGAUUCUCUUUUUUUGUAUGUGCAUUUCUCAAAUUACAUUGAACAUCUUAAUGCUGUGUUUUUUACAGGGUGAACACACAUACUUUAACGGGAGAACAAAUGGGUUUUUAAUAAGUUUAACCGAUUCAGGCUACAUUUCCAUACUAUACGUUACAGAUGGAAAGUGGCAACUGUUGUCUCUAAUUAGAGAGCAGAACACUCUUGUACAUUUCUGAUAAGCAUUACCAUGUGAUUCACAAAGGCUACGAUCAUUUUCUGCACAUGGGGGGAGUUACAGUUAACCAUCAAGUCCAAAGAGUUUCUCAACUGAAACAUUUUCAAGCGCAACACCUGCAAAAAUCUCAUGAGCUCGGCAGGAAUGACAACCAAUAAAGUAAUCAAAAACUAAAGUAACA